AUAAAAACAAAAAACAAGGACAAGGAAAAAAAAAAGAAAAAAGAAAAAAAAAGCCGGUUACUGGUUCCAACCAACCUUUUUGCUUUCCCUGUCAAUCCAACAGCACCAGUUUCUUUCAAAAUCUGAAUACAACCCAUUUCACAUACCCAAAUAAGGAACCAAAAUCUGGGGAAAAGAAACAAACUUGGCAUUGGGUUUUGGAUUUUGAUUUUUUUUUUUUCAAUUUUCAUUCCCUUUGUUUAAUUUCCUCCUUCUUCUCCUCCAGAAAAAUGCCUACUCUGAACAACAUUGUGCAUUGACAAGAGGAUAUUUUCCUCCUCAUUAAUGGGUGAAUGAAUGAAUAGGCCAAAGGGUGUUUGUUGUUGUAUGGCACGUGUGCGGGUGGAUGAGGCAAAGCUAAAACCUUUGUGAGAAGAAUGAACAAAGAGCUUACAGGCUUUGUGAAGGUUUGGGAAGCAGCAGUCAGGAAAUCAGCUGGUCCAAAGAAGAGGUCAAACAGCAUCUUCACACCAAUGUCUGUUGCCCAUGUUGAUGAUGAUGAUGAGUCAAGGCAUGGGGAUGGUGAUGGGGUGUCACAGGUUGAGAAGAUUCUCCCCAAUGGUGACUUCUUCACAGGCCAAUGGCUUGACAAUGGCCCUCAUGGGCAGGGAAAGUAUCUCUGGACAGAUGGGUGCAUGUAUGUUGGGGAAUGGCAAAGGGGUGGCAUCAUGGGGAAAGGGAGGUUCAGCUGGCCUAGUGGUGCCACCUAUGAGGGUGAUUUCAAGGGUGGUUACAUGGAUGGUAAAGGCACUUACAUAGGCUCUUCUGGGGACACCUACAAGGGUUGUUGGGUCAUGGAUUUGAGACAUGGCCAGGGGACUCAGAGUUACCCCAAUGGGGACUUCUAUGAUGGGGAGUGGAGGAAGGGGCUGCAGAAUGGGCAUGGGAGGUACCAGUGGAAGAAUGGGAACCAUUACAUUGGCCAGUGGAGGAAUGGUUUGUUCUAUGGAAAUGGGACCAUGAUGUGGAGCAAUGGGAACAGGUAUGAUGGUUGUUGGGAGGAGGGGUUGCCCAAGGGGAAUGGCACAUUCAGGUGGGGUGAUGGGAGUUUCUAUGUUGGGGUUUGGAGUAAGGAUCCAAAGGAGCAGAGUGGGACUUAUUACCCUUCCGGCUCUUGUGCUGGCCAUUUGGAGUGGGAUCCUCAGGAGCUCUUCUCUGUCGACUUGGUUGAUUGCAUUGUUUCUGCUUGUGAGAAGGUGUCUAUUUACCCUUCACAGAAGAGUUUGAGCAUGUUGGAGGAGAGUAAGAUGAGUAAGAAGGGCACUGAGGGUAAUGGGAGGGCAAGGGGGAUGUCAGUGGAUGCAAGGAUUAGUAAUUACAGCUCUGAAGAUGGCUCUUAUGCAUCCUAUGAUAGCUCAAGGAGUCCUCAGGUGAAUAAUUCUGUUCCAAGAGUGCCACAUUUGAGGUUGAAGCCUCCAAAAAGACAGGGAGAGACUAUAUCCAAAGGCCACAAGAACUAUGACCUCAUGCUUAAUCUGCAGCUUGGCAUCAGACAUGCUGUUGGAAGACCUGCUCCAAGUACUUCUCUUGAUCUCAAGUCUUCUGCAUUUGAUCCUAAAGAAAAAGUGUGGACUAAAUUUCCACCAGAAGGAUCCAAGCACACGCCACCUCACCCAUCUUGCGAAUUCAGAUGGAAAGACUACUGCCCGGUAGUGUUCAGGGCUCUCAGAAAGUUGUUCAAAGUAGAUCCUGCUGAUUACAUGAUAUCAUUAUGUGGGAAUGAUGCCCUUCGAGAACUCUCAUCCCCUGGAAAAAGUGGAAGCUUUUUUUACUUGACCAAUGAUGACCGAUACAUGAUAAAGACCAUGAAGAAAUCAGAAGUAAAAGUUUUCUUGAGAAUGCUGCCUGGUUACUAUAAACAUGUUCGAGCUUUUGAGAACACUCUAGUUACCAGGUUCUUUGGCCUCCAUUGUGUUAAGCUAACAGGAACUGCUCAGAAGAAGGUGCGGUUUGUCAUCAUGGGAAAUCUGUUUUGCUCACAAUAUGCCAUCCAUAGACGCUUUGACUUAAAAGGUUCAACCUUCGGUCGCACAACUGACAAACCUGAGUCAGAAAUAGAGCCUACAACAACACUCAAGGACCUUGAUCUAAAUUACAUAUUUCGGUUGCGGAAGUCUUGGUUUCAAGAAUUCUGCAGGCAAGUGGAUAGAGACUGUACCUUCCUGGAACAGGAGAGGAUCAUGGAUUACAGUAUGUUGGUAGGUCUUCACUUCCGAGGAAUGUCGUGUAAUGACGCUGUUACUCCUCCUGGUUACAGUCCGGGCCCUCAAACUCCAACUGGCAAUGGUAACUUUGAUGAUGGAGCCCCUCGUCUUUCUGGCGUGGAUGUGGAUCAUCUUGUUGUAGAUCCUAGUCGGUGGAUUCAAUUAGGUAUAAACAUGCCGGCGCGGGCCGAAUUGACGUUGCGAAAAAGUUGUGACACUCCUCAGCUGGUUGGAGAACCAACAGGGGAGUUAUAUGAGAUUAUCAUCUUUUUCGGAAUCAUAGACAUUUUACAAGACUAUGACAUUAGCAAAAAGCUUGAGCAUGCUUACAAGUCAUUCCAAUAUGAUCCAACAUCAAUCUCUGCGGUUGAUCCAAGGCUAUACUCAAGACGGUUUCGUGAUUUCAUCUUCAGAGUUUUUGUAGAGGACUAAACAUUCAAGUUGCAGUGACAGCACUAACCAGCACACUGAUAUCCAUGCACAGAAUGGCCUCCAACAGACUAGUUGGAGGGUAUUUUGUGAUAAUAGACAAGAGGGGUUACAUGUUUCUGAAAUUUGUUCAUCUUCACCCCCUUACAGUUUGUGAAUUUUAUAUGAAUUAUAUAGUCACAGCUAAUGUAUGUUGUAGUGUAGAUCAAUGUUGUUCAGAGUUACUCAAGCUUUUUUUCCAAUUGUAAAUGAAUCAACAGAAAGGGUCAAACAACAUUGGAAAUUAUUCUUUUUGUAACU